AUAUGCUAUUUAUUUGAUUAAUAUUGGUUUGGUUUGUUUGUUUUGAUAGACAAGUGAAGCGAAACUUUACACUAAAAUGUGUUCAAAUGUAGUUCAGUAAGAAAUUAUUAGUUGAAAACCCCUCGACUGUGUUAAAGUCAUGGUUAUUUGGAAUAAUUUACUUAAAUAUCUGCAUAUUAAUGUCCGGUGUUAAUCCACAUUUAGUUCAAAAUCAAGGCUUAGUUUUCAGUGUGGUAUUGACGUAUAGCAGAGUUGCUAAUUUUAAUUAUUAUAUAAUAAUUACAAUUCAUUAUAAUAAAUAAUCUUUCGAUGGCUUGUCUGUUUAUUAAGGUUACAGCAUGGUUGCAGAAAGAAAGUAAACAAACAAACAAACAAACAAACAAAACAAUUCCUGGGAAACCAAAAACUUACCUUAAAACUGUGUUCUGGGAAUGUUCUGGGAACCAAAAAUUGUUAGUUGGCAUUCAUUUAUUUUUGGUACCUUUUUGGUACACGUAGGCGUAUCUGAUACAGCUCUCAGAAAUAUGAUUCACGUAGAUUCGCGAAAGUGAUUAAAAGGAUUAGUUUAUGUUUUUGUUAAAUGUACCGGUAAGCGUUGAGCAUUUCUUAAUCUCUUUGCCUGCUCUUAACUGUGAUUCUCUGAAGAAGAAAAAUUAGAGAAAACUAAUUGGGGCCCGUUCAGACCGAAUCCGUUCUAAAAAGGUAGACGCAGUGCAACGCAUAUAACAGAACGCACGUGUCUCAAGACGUUCUUUGUUACCUGCCUCGUUUAAAAAAAGCUGGACGUGGCGCAAGCCGUGCAACUGUCAAAGCCUAACGCAAGUUUACAUAGAAAAACGAUGGCAAAGAGCGCAGACGAACGCAACUGACCUUAUUCACGGUAGCACCAUCUUUGAUUUUUAAUGGGAAUGACAACGAGGCUGUGAGGGAUAGACUACCAUCUCUUCAAUGGUACGCAAGAUAUAAAGCUGUAAAAAAACUCCUAGAUCACAUUUUCCACAACUCAUGAUGCAUGGAGUUUUUUGUCUACUGAAUGUUCUUGGAAUUAUGUUUUUUUCAAUGUGUUGUCCGCGGAACAAUCAAAAAACAUAAACUGCAGUAAAACCCAUUGAAAUGACUGUAGGUCUAUCCCUCACAGCAGUGUUGGGUGUAAUGCAUUACUAAGUAAUUAAUUACUGUAAUUAAAUUACUUUUUCAUUGAAAAAAGUAAGGGAUUAGUCUUAAUUUCUGAGUAAUUUAACAACAGUUAUUUCUGAUGUAAUUGCAUUAAAUACAGUAUAGACUAUAGAACAAUUAUAUAAAACAAUAGUGAAUUUAAAAUCGAAAUUUUACAUCUAAUGUUAAAAUGUAUGUUUUCUAAUUUAAUGCAGCCCCCUUAAAUUAUUUGGCCAGUUCAUGAAUUAUUUAUUUGAUUUUAUAUGAUUUAUUUGAAAGAAUUAAAAGAACAGUUUCAUGUCUAUCCUUAUAUUUUUCAUCUGGUCAAUGUUGAUCAGGGUUUUAGAAAGUAAAUUAGUAAUAAGUAAUACAAUUACUUUUCAGAAAGAGUUACUGGUAUUGGUUAGUAAUUAAUAAUUUUUUUUUAGAGUAACUUACCCAGCACUGCCUCACAGCCUGGUUUUCUCUCUUCCAAAAAAAAUUUUUUUCUCUCCAAAUUGUUUUUUGUUUUUUUUCUCUCUUAAAAUUUUUUUCUCUCUCUUCAACAUUUUUUGAAGAGAGAAAAAAAAAAUUCUUUGAAGAGAGAAAAAACUUUUUUUGAAGAGAGAAAAAAACUUUUUUUUGAAGAGAGAAAAAAAACUUUUUUGAAGAGAAGGUAAAAAUUUAAGACUUAUGCUCAGGAAGGAACUGAGACACUUUUUUUUUUUUUUUUUUUUUUUUUUUCACCGUUAUUUAUUUAUUUUUUAUUCCACCGUGCAGGUUCAGAGCUUCCAUAACAACGCGCUCGGUGUAAACAGCCCUUAAUGCGUUAUAAUAAGGUGUAUGUCUCUUUAAAUUUUCUGCCCUACUGUCGUCCACGUCAUAAUCAGGAAGACAAUGGCGGAUGCCAAUGCGGCAGUGGCAGUAGUAACAGUUUCAUUGGUUCUUUUGGGACUUUUAUCGGGGUUAACCUUAUGUUGGGCUCUUCUUCCAGUCGCUGUAGUGAUGCUUAUUUUUAUACUAGCCAGUGGAUUAAAGGGACGAGAUGAACUUGCAAAUUUGAACGUUUGUGUGUUGGUGUUGGGAGAUAUAGGACGCAGUCCACGUAUGCAGUAUCAUGCGCUGUCUCUCAGCCGACAUGGAUACAAUGUCACCUUAAUUGGCUUUCUUGGUACUAAACCUCAUCAAGACAUUCUUGAGGAUGAAAGGAUAGACAUACUUCCCAUUUCAGAGCCAAGGGGGCUUAAAGUUGGCCCUAAAACCUUCAGAUAUGUCUCAAAGGUGAUAUUUCAGUGUUUUCAGCUGUUUUAUGUGUUGAUGAGGAUUGAGGAUCAAGGCUAUAUCCUUAUGCAGAACCCCCCUGGGCUGCCAGCCAUAGCAGUGACAUGGGUUGCAAGUCGUUUCAGGGGAAACCAGUUUAUCAUAGACUGGCACAACUAUGGGUACACCAUAAUGGCACUUGCUCAUGGGGAAAAUCAUCUAAUUGUCAAGGUGGCAAAAUGGUAUGAGAAGCACUUUGGCUGUUUCUCGGAUCAUAACCUAUGUGUUACUAAUGCAAUGAGGGAAGAUCUUCAGAUGAAUUGGAAAAUUGAGGCCACCACAUUAUAUGACAAGCCACCCUCAAUAUUUAGAGAAACACCUCUGAAACUUCAGCAUGAGUUGUUUGUCAGAAUGGGCAGUGCUUAUUCACCAUUUAAGCCUAGUUCUGAGGUCUCUAAGGAACACAUGGAAUUAACAGCCUUCACAGAGCGUAAUACGCAAACAGGUGCCGUGACACGUUCCACUGGCCGACCCGCUCUGCUUAUCAGCAGCACCAGCUGGACUGAGGAUGAAGACUUCUCAGUUCUUUUACAAGCACUUGAAGACUAUGAGAAGUUUGUUGAGGCAGGAGACAAACUUCCAUCACUGAUUUGUGUAAUUACAGGUAAAGGUCCUAAGAAGGAGUAUUACAAGAAGCUUAUUGACUCCAAGGAAUUUAAAAAUGUCAAGAUUUGUACUCCAUGGCUGGAAGCAGAGGAUUAUCCAGUUUUACUUGGUUCUGCUGAUCUCGGGGUCUGCUUGCACAAAUCCUCCAGUGGUCUAGACCUUCCAAUGAAAGUAGUUGACAUGUUUGGAUGUUGUCUGCCAGUCUGUGCCAUACACUUUAAGUGCUUACAUGAACUGGUAAAACACGAAGAAAAUGGGCUUAUUUUCAAAGACUCCAAUGAGCUUUCUGAACAGCUAAAGCUUCUGUUUUCAGACUUUCCCAGUGAACAGGGUAAACUGGGCCUCUUCAGGAAGAAUCUUAGGGAAAGCGGGCUGCAGCGCUGGGCCGAGAACUGGGACCACAACGUCCUGCCUCUUAUUAAAGAGCACUGCGACUGACCAUCAGCAGAGUCUUUGUGCCUCUGGAGCACAGUUUGAUGGCAGUCGCUGAAGAUGUAUUUGUUUAGGCUGGAUGUCCUACACACUACAAUGCCAGUUAGUCCAACCCUGCUACCCAACUCUAGCACUGUCCUGCAUGUACAACACAGACACGUUUAACAGAAUGUGAAGGUUUUUGCCAUUUAAAACCCAAACUACAGCAAUAGCACAAAUAUUAAUUUGCAAUACUUUGAGUAGAUGUGUGUGUGUGUGUGUGUGUAUGUGUAUAUAUAUAUAUAUAUAUAUAUAUAUAUAUAUAUAUGCACACAUUUGUGCUCAAAAGUUUGCAUACCCUGGCAGAAAUUGUGAAAUUUUGGCAUUGAUUUUGAAAAUAUGACUGAUCAUGCAAAAAAUAUUUAAGGAUAGUGAUCAUAUGAAGGCAUUUAUUAUCACAUAGUUGUUUGGCCCCUUUUUUUUAAAUCAUAAUGAUAACGGAAAUCACCCAAAUGGUGCUGAUCAAAAGUUUACAUGCCCUUGAAUGUUUGGCCUUGUUACAGACACACAAGGUGACACACAGAGGUUUAAAUGGCAAUUAAAGGUUGAUUUCCCACACCUGUGGCUUUUUAAAUUGCAAUUAGUGUCUGUGUAUAAAUAAUCAAUGAGUUUGUUAGCUCUCACGUGGAUGCACUGAGCAGGCUAGAUACUGAGCCAUGGGGAUCAGAAAAGAACUGUCAAAAGACCUACGUAACAAGGUAAUGGAACUUUAUAAAGAUGGAAAAGGAUAUAAAAAUAUAUCCAAAGCCUUGAAAAUGCCAGUCAGUGCUGUUCAAUCACUUAUUAAGAAGUGGAAAAUUCGGGGAUCUCUUGAUACCAAGCAAAGGUCAAGUAGACCAAGAAAGAUUUCAGCCACAACUGCCAGAAGAAUUGUUUGGCAUACAAAGAAAAACCCACAGGUAACCUCAGGAGAAAUACAGGCUGCUCUGGAAAAAGAUGGUGUGGUUGUUUCAAGGAGCACAAUUUGACGAUACUUGAACAAAAAUAAGCUGCAUGGUCGAGUUACCAGAAAGAAGCCUUUAAUACACCAAUGCCACAAAAAAGCCCGGUUACAAUAUGCCCGACAACACCUUGACACGCCUCACAGCUUCUGGCACACUAUAAUUUGGAGUGACGAGACCAAAAUAGAGCUUUAUGGUCACAACCAUAAGAGCUAUGUUUAGAGAGGGAUCAACAAGGCCUAUAGUGAAAAGAAUACCUUCCCCACUGUGAAGCAUGGUGGUGGCUCACUGAUGUUUUGGGGGUGUGUGAGGUCUAAAGGCACGGGGAAAAUUGAUGGCAAGAUGAAUGCAGCAUGUUAUCAGAAAAUACUGGCAGACAAUUUGUAUUCUUCUGCACAAAAGCUGCGCAUGGGACGCUCUUGGACUUUCCAGCACGACAAUGACCCUAAGCACAAGGCCAAGUUGACACUCCAGUGGUUACAGCAGAAAAAGGUGAAGGUUCUGGAGUGGCCAUCACAGUCUCCUGACCUUAAUAUCAUCGAGCCACUCUGGGGAGGUCUCAAACGUGCAGUUUGUGCAAGACGACCAAAACUUUGCAUGACCUGGAGGCAUUUUGCCAAGACGAAUGGGCAGCUAUACCACCUGCAAGAAUUUGGGGCCUCAUAGACAACUAUUACAAAAGACUGCAUGCUGUCAUUGAUGCUAAAGGGGGCAAUACACAGUAUUAAGAACUAAGGGUAUGCAGACUUUUGAACAGGGGUCAUUUCAUUUUUUUUCUUUGUUGCCAUGUUUUGUUUUAUGAUUGUGCCAUUCUGUUAGAACCUACAGUUGAAUAUGUAUCCCAUAAGAAAUAAAAGAAAUUUGUUUUUCCUGC